AUGGCGCGUCAUUGAAGAGAGACAAUGAUGGCGGCGGUUGGUGCACCAGAAGUGAUUUCACAGCUGGAAAGCGCUGCCAAAGUUUUAAUGGCACCGCCGUCCAUGGUCAAUACAGAACAGAGGCAGCACGCAGAACACAUAUUCCUCUCCUUCCGGAAGUCUAAAUCACCCUUCGCUGUCUGUAAGCACAUAUUAGAGACCAGUAAGGUGGACUAUGUGCUGUUCCAGGCAGCCACGGCCGUCAUGGAGGCGGUGGUACGGGAGUGGAUCCUGCUGGAGAAGGCCAGCAUCGAGUCGCUCCGGACAUUCCUCCUCACCUACGUUUUACAGAGACCCAAUCUACAGAAGUAUGUCCGGGAGCAGAUCCUGCUCGCUGUAGCGGUCAUAGUGAAGAGAGGCUCUUUGGACAAGUCCAUUAACUGUAAAGGUAUCUUCCACGAAGUCAGCCAGCUUAUCAGCAGCGGCAACCCCACAGUGCAGACACUGGCCUGCUCCAUCCUGACUGCCCUCAUCAGUGAGUUCUCCAGCUCCAGUAAGACCAGUAAUAUCGGCCUCAACAUGGAGUUCCACGGCAGCUGCAAACGCAUCUUUCAGGAGGACAACCUGCGUCAGAUCUUCGUAUUGACCAUGGAGGUGCUGCAGGAGUUCAGUCGCAGAGAGAACCUCAACGCUCAGAUGUCCUCUGUGUUCCAGAGAUACCUGGCUCUGGCCAAUCAGGUCCUUAGCUGGAACUUCCUGCCGCCCAAUCUGGGGCGCCACUACAUCGCCAUGUUUGAGUCCACCCAGAACGUGAUGCUGAAGCCCACAGAGACCUGGAGAGAAGCCCUGCUUGACACCCGCGUCAUGGACCUCUUCUUCACCGUCCACAUAAAGAUCCGUGAGGACUCAGACAUGGCCCAGGACUCCCUGCAGUGCCUGGCCCAGCUGGCCUCCAUGCACGGCCCAAUCUUCCCUGAUGAGAGUGCCCAGGUCUCCUACCUGGCCCACCUGGUGGAGGGGCUUCUCAGCAUGAUCAAUGGGAUAGAGAUUGAGGACUCUGAGGCGGUGGGCAUCUCUAACAUCAUCUCCAACCUGAUCAGCACAUUUCCCCGUGUCAUCCUGACUGCCCUGCCCAGCGAGCUCUUCACCUCCUUCAUCAACUGUCUCACCCUCCUCACCUGCUCCUUCGGACGCAGCGCCGCCCUGGAGGAAGUGCUGGAUAAGGAUGACAUGGUAUACAUGGAGGCGUAUGACAAGCUGUUAGAGUCAUGGCUGACCCUGGUUCAGGAUGAUGAACAUUUCCCCCGCGGCUGCUUCGUCCAGCCCGCUGUUCAGGUCUUCAAUUCCUACAUCCAGUGUCACCUGGCUGCACCUGACGGCACCCGCAAUCUGACGGUGAACGGCGUGGCAUCUCAUGAGGAGGAUGAGAUUAACGAGUUACAGGAGGAUGACAGAGAGCUGUUCUCAGAUCAGCUGGCCAGCAUCGGCAUGUUAGGACGCAUAGCAGCCAACCACUGUAUCCCCCUACUGACCAGUCUGUUGGAGGAGCGGGUGACGCGGCUCCACGGCCAGCUCCAGAGGACCCAGCAGCACCUCAUGAACUCCUCUAACCCUGAAUCAGUGGACCGCAAGGUCCUGGAUGACCUCUACGAAGACAUCCACUGGCUCAUACUGGUCUCAGGCUACCUGCUGGCAGAUGACCCUCAGGGUGAGACUCCUCUGAUCCCGGCUGAGGUGAUGGAGUAUUCUAUCAACCACUCUACUGAGGUAGACAUCAACACCACCUUGCAGAUACUGGGCUCCCCUGGAGAGAAGGCCUCCUCUAUCCCAGGAUGCAACAGGACAGACUCUGUCAUCAGGUUGUUGUCAGCGGUGUUGAGGACGUCAGAGGUAGAGUCCAGGGCCACCAGGGCCAGUCUGACAGAGCUGCUCAGCCCUCAGAUGGGGAAGGACAUUGUCUGGUUCCUCAAACGCUGGGCUAAGACUUACCUACUGGUGGACGAGAAACUCUAUGGACAGAUCAGUAUACCCCUGAGCACUGCGUUCGGGGCCGACACAGAGGGGGCCCAGUGGAUUGUGGGAUACCUGCUGGAGAAAGUGAUCAACAACCUGUCUGUGUGGAGCUCUGAACCUGAACUGGCUAACGACACGGUGGAGCUACUGGUCUGUCUGGUGGAGAAGAGGGAGAGGGCCAACAUAGUGGUGCAGUGUGAGAACUGGUGGAACUUAGCAAAGCAGUUUGCCAGCCGCAGCCCUCCCCUGGACCUGCUGUCCAGCUCAGUACAAAGGACCCUGAUGAAGGCCCUGGUUCUGGGGGGCUUCGCACACAUGGACUCAGACACCAAGCAGCAAUACUGGACCGAGGUGCUGCACCCCCUCCAGCAGCGCUUCCUCAACCUGAUCAACCAGGAGAACUUUCCUCAGAUUUGUCAGGAGGAGAGUGUGAAGCGGGAGAUCGUUGCCACCCUGGAGGCUCUAUGUGGCAUCGCCGAGGCAACGCAGAUCGACAACGUGGCGUCUCUCUUCAGCUUCCUCAUGGACUUCCUGUCCAGUUGCAUCGGCCUGAUGGAGGUGUACCGCAACACGCCCGAGACGAUCAACCUCAUCAUUGAGGUGUUCGUGGAGGUCGCCCACAAACAGAUCUGCUACCUUGGAGAGUCUAAGUCUAUGAAGCUGUACGAGGUGUGCCUGACGCUGCUACAGGUCUACUCUAAGAACAACCUGGGCAGGAAGAGGGCUGAUGUGGCUGCUGAGGAGGACCAGUACCAGGACCUGCUGCUCAUCAUGGAGCUGCUCACCAACCUGCUCUCUAAGGAGUUCAUUGACUUCUCAGACACAGAUGAGGUUUUCCGGGGGCAGGAGCAGGGUUCGGGAGCGGCAGGUCGGUCGGUGUCAGCUGCAGACGUAGUUCUGUUUGGAGUCAACAUUAUUCUGCCUCUCAUGUCUCAGGACCUACUCAAGUUCCCGUCUCUGUGUAACCAGUAUUACAAGCUUAUCACGUUCAUCUGUGAGAUCUUCCCUGAGAAGAUCCCCCAGUUACCAGAGGAGCUGUUUAAGAGUCUCAUGUACUCCCUAGAGCUGGGCAUGACAUCCAUGAGUUCAGAGGUCAGCCAGCUGUGUCUGGAGGCUCUGUCUCCUCUGGCCGAGCAGUGUGCCAAGACCCAGGAGAAAGACACGCCCCUCUUCAUCGCCACACGCCACUUCCUCAAGUUGGUGUUUGACAUGCUGGUACUGCAGAAACACAACACAGAGAUCACAGUGGCAGCGGGAGAAGCUCUCUAUACACUAGUGUGCCUGCAUCAAGCGGAGUACCAGGAGCUGGUAGAGUCUCUGCUCGCCACCCAGCGAGACGCCGUCAUCUACCAGAGACUGGCCGACGCCUUCAACAAGCUGACGGCCAGCAGCACGCCGCCCAGCAUGGACCGCAAGCAGAAGGUGGCCUUCCUCAAGAGUCUGGAGGAGUUUGUGUCCAAUGUAGGGGGGCUACUUUGUGUCAAAUAACUAUUAGCUCCCCUCCCUCCUAGCCCCUCUAUAUCCAACCCGCUCACAGAUCUACCUACCUACCUUGACCACAUCUGACCAAGCCAAACCAUUGAGAAGACAGACAGACAGACUGAGCUGAUGAGCUGCACUGUUAGACUGUGUGGAAAAAAAAUAGGUGAGGUUGAGACACUGACGGGAGCUGUGGUGUGGACUGGACUAGGGUGUGGUUUGGGCAGGUUCACACCCGCUCCUCCCCCUAACCCCUCCUUUUUCCUCAAAGGCCCCAAGCACAAACGUACAGUGGCUUCGGGGAUUACGAUUUGGUGGUGGGGGGGUCAGAGAGGGAUGAACUUGCCCGCUGUACCCCUCUGUCCCAUCAUCCAAUCAUUGUUUACGUUUGCCAGUGGGAGGGUUGGGAUGAACACAGGAGGAGGGGCCAAUCUGUUCUGAGAACGCUAUGCCCCUCCAUCUCUCCCCAUGCCCAUACCCUCUCUCCCCUCCCAGAGUGCCUUGGUUUUCUUGUUUGUGUCGUGUGUCGACUCCAGUGUGUCUGUGUGGCCAAGCUGAGAGGUGUCUUACAGCAACAACUGUGCCUGUCACACACACCAAAAACACAGUGGAAGCACACACACACACACACACAUCUCCAUGACCACGAGAGGCUAGAUCCCACCACCUUCAGGUUGCUGAACCUGUUAACUGGAGGGCCGAUGACAAAAAACGAUUCACUUCGUCCUCAUCAAGUGUGUAUAUAUGUUUUCCCAAAAAGUGGGGGAAAUUUUAAAACAAUGACUGCAAAGUUUUUAUAAGAUGGCAGUGGAGCUGAAUUUUUAUGGUUAUGAUCACUUGAAGAAAAAGGGGGCAAGUUUGAAAACUUUGGAUUUUGAUUUCUUUAUUGUUCUAGAUUGUAAUUUUAUUCUAUGCCACCCUUUUGUCUCAGUCCUGACUGCCCACAGCCGAUAUCCAGAAAAUUGGAGGCCUUAGGAAGUUUGGGCCCCUGAAGUUUAGCAAUCUUCUCUCUAGUUAUAUUUUUCUAUGUCACAGCCACUAUCUCCAUUUCAAAACACACUGAAUGGAAGCAAUAACAAACCAAAAAAGGAACAGAGCCACUUGUUGUAACCAUGGCAUUUGAGGUGGACUCACUGCCCUCCCUCUGUUUAGACCACUACCCUGGUUCUUUUGGAAUGCCUGACUGAAUUGUAUUGAAAUGUAAAAGUGUACAUAAACUUAUUAUAUAAAAUAUGGAGUUGUUUUUCCUCUUCUGUAUAAAGUUUUUUUUCUAUCUCAAUGUCCUGUUCUACAGAAUAUGCAAACAAGUUCCACAUCCAGUUUUGAUCAUUCUUGUCAACAUAAAACCCAAAAGUGCUUUCAAUAUCUCUGAAAUAAAAAUAGUUGAAAUUUAGAAA